UCACCCUUAAGAUACCGGAAGCAAUCGUCGCUUUUGGUGACGCGGCAUAAGACUGCAAGACAUGGAACGGUCUCGUUUGUUUGCGUUGUUCGUCCUCAGCCUGGCUCUCGCUGGAGCUCAGGCGCUCACCCCGGCGCACUACCUCACCCUGUCCGAUGUGGGCCGGCUACAGAACCUCCUGAGCCAACGAUUCACCGAUCUGGACUCCGCGUACUACUCGGUUGUUGGUCUGUCCAAGCUCGGGGCGACCAUUCCCGAUCACGAGGGAAUAUGCCAGUUCCUCAAAUCCCAGUUGGACCCCAUGAGCAUUGACUCUCUUUUCUUCGCUGCUGAGACCAGUCAAGCCAUCUCAGGAUGUGAGAUCCCUGUGUCCAAUGAGACGCGAGACAUCCUCCUGGCGGCGGUUAGUGAGGAUUCCACCAUGACCCAGAUUCACAGGGCGGUGAGCGCACUGAGCUCUCUGGGGCUUCCCCUGGCAUCCCAGGAAGUUCUUGGGGCCUUGACCGGUCGCAUCAACAAGGAGGACAACGUCAUGGCUAUCACUUUGGCUCUGCAGACCGCAGCACGCCUUUCCCAGCAGACGGAACUGGGAGGGAUACUGGAGGAAAUUGAGGAUCUCACGGCUCGUUUGGAUGAUCUCGGUGGCAUCUACCUCCAGUUUGAGGAGGGACUCGAGGCGACUGCCUUGUUUGUGACCGCUGCUUAUUCCCUGUCCGACCACGUGGACAUGGAGCCCCCUCUGAAGGAGGACCAAGUCAUCCAGCUGGUGAACUCCAUCUUCAGCAAGAAGUCCUGGGACUCUCUGGCCGAGGCCUUCAGUGUGGCCAGUGCCGCCUCCGCUCUCUCCAACAACCGCUUCCACGUGCCGGUCAUCGUCAGUGCUGCGGGCCCUGCCACGGUGUCUCACAGCCAGCCAACCCUGCAGCUCCUGGUCACUGAUGUCAUGUCUCAACCUCUGGCCCUGGCCAACGUGGUGGUGGAAUCUGCAUACAACGUGGCCUCAAAGAGCGUCAUUCUAAGCCACACUUCAUUCACACUUAAUGAUGGCGUCUUUGAACUGAACUUCAUGUCCAGCCGGCCACCCAGCGGAUAUUACCAGUUUACUGUUGCAGUGACUGGGGAUACCCGGUUUGUUGCCAAUCACGUUGAGCUCAAAGUAAAGGUGUCCACCGAGGUGGUCGUGACGAACAUGGACCUCUCCGUGGUGGACAAGGACCAGAGCAUCGGCACAAAGACCUCACGGGUGGACUAUCCUUCCAAAGGCAAGAGCUCCUUCACAGCAGACGGCCACCAAAACUUCGCCAUGGCCUUCCAGCUGGUCGACAUCAACACCGGAGUGGAGCUCACCCCUCACCAGACUUUCGUCAAGCUGCACAAUCAGAAAACUGGCCAAGAGGUCGUGUUUGUGGCCGAACCCGACAGCAAGAAUCUGUACAAGUUUGAGUUGGACAUCGCCGAGCGCAAAUCCGAGUUCAACUCUAUUUCCGGCACCUACUCCCUGCACCUCAUCGUUGGGGACGCCACUUUGGAGAAUCCCAUCUUGUGGAACGUGGCUGAUGUUAUUCUGAAGUUCGUGGAUGAAGAGGCUCCAGUGGCCAUUCAGCCCAAGACACUUUAUGUGCCCAAACCAGAGAUCCGGCACUUAUUCAGGGAACCAGAGAAGAAGCCUCCCACGGUCGUUUCCAACGCCUUCACUGCACUCAUCCUGUCUCCUUUACUUCUUCUGCUCAUCCUGUGGCUUAAGCUCGGAGCCAACAUCUCCAACUUCAGCUUCACUCCCAGCACCGUUCUGUUCCACGUGGGACACGCAGCCAUGCUGGGCCUGAUGUACAUCUACUGGGCUCACCUGAACAUGUUCCAGACUCUGAAGUACCUGGCGAUCAUUGGCAGUGUGACUUUCCUCGCUGGGAACCGCAUGCUGGCCCAGAAAGCCGUGAAGAGGAUUGCCGCAGAGCAAUGUAGUAGGUUGGCAAAGUAUAGGAGCCUCCGAUAAAGCCCCCCCCCUCCCCCUCCCACAUUUGUUACAAACGAGUCGGUCGGGCUCCCAGGCUGAAACUUGCGAAAAAAUAAGGACGGCCAUUUAAAAAAAAAGACGGGCGAAGCUCCUUUUUUUUGGGGGAGGGGUUUCUGAGGAGGUAUUCAACGAUGCAUCAAAUCAGACUUUUAAACGUGGCGUGGCAGUUUAAACAUGCAUUUCUGCGUUGCCAAAGUGGGAGAAAUCAGUGUCACCGCGGGGAAAAAAACGGCCAUUGACAGAUUCGACUAAAGCUACUGAUCAUUGCACGUCCUCCUCCUGUGAGAUUAGUGUUCUUUUUGUCCAACAGCCUGUGACCUGGGGGAUUUAUGUGUGUUUUUGGGGUUUGAUUUGAGUUUUUUUUUUUUUUUUACGUUCCUCUUUUAUUUUUUUUGCUCAAUACCCAUUUCACCACGUAACAAAAGCGCAAGUCAACUUGUUUGAGCUGACAAACAAACAUCGGCAUUAGCACUGAUCUGUCGAACAUAACUAACUAUGCCAGUGUGUGUUUUCCUGUUUGAUGCAUCAGAUGUGUUGUCGUCCCCUAUUUGAUACAGGCGUCCCCCGGAAAUAAAUGUUCAAGAAAUGUGGGCCAUGUGAUGUUUUUGUAAUGAAGAAGUGGAAAUAAAGAAGUGGAGGUGA